UGCAUAGUAGUCAUUCCCGGCUUGUCGUUCUUUCAUUGAAGUACAUUUGAUUUCGCCGUAAUUAUAAAAGCGUCCUAAAUAUUUUUGAUCACCAUGAGUCGCGAAGUGUUAACGCCUCCUGUCCAAAAGAUGAGCCAGAUGCGGCGCUAUAGAGUCAACGUUGUUCACGACGACUUCGGUGGCGACAAGUGGAAUGGACAAAACAAACAAGCUAAACUAGAAUACAAAACCUACGAAGAGCAGGAUCUUUAUGGUGAUGAUGAUGAUUACGAGGACGAUGCGGCUUUGAAAUGUAUUACGGAGUCAGCAAAUGGCGAUUUUAGUCUUUCCAUUCAUGUGUCCAAAUCAUUUUACGGUGGACUAAUUGGCAUGAAAGGAUCUACGAAGCGCCGCAUAGAGGAAGAGACCCGUACAGAGAUCUUUGUUCCGCGUCCGAACGAUAGGUCAAACGAAGUGACUAUCAAGGCCAAGCAACGCAGUCAAAUAUGCGCUGCACUGCGACAAAUCCAGCAUCUUGUAACCUCUUUACGAAAAAAAAUGAAACCGACACACUUUUUGGCCGUGGCUUUGAACUCUGGAGAAGUCAAGGAGCGUUUUACGGAACUAAAGAAAUGCAUUUUGGAGGCCGAGUUGCCAGGCAUCGAUGCGGAGCUUUUCAUUCCAGAGUGCUGCAUCCAUCUUACCGUAGGCGUCUAUGUGCUGCUAGAUGACAAUGAACGCCAAGAAGCCCUCAAGAAUUUGGAAUCAUGUCGUCGUUUACUGGAUGGCCUAAAAACACCUUUCGAAAUUAAAGUUAAGGGCCUGGAGAUAAUGAACGACGAUCCAAGCUCCACUCGCAUUCUGUAUGCCCGCAUUGAGUCUCCGGAUCUGCAAAAGUUUGCGGAUCAGUGUCUGGCCCACUUUCAGACUACAGGACUGUGUGCUGCAGAUAAUAUUGAACGUGAAUCCGUUAAACUGCACAUGACCGUGAUGAACAACCGCUACCGCAAUGAGGCAAAUAAGUCUGGCAACAGCUUUGACGCCCGCGAGAUCCUCAAGCGCUUUGGAGACUUCGAUUUUGGAGUAGCCCAGUCCCAGGCUGUGCAUCUGUGCGUAUUAAAAUCGCGCGCCGAGGAUGACUUCUAUAAGAUAAGCGGUAGUCUCGAAUUUUGAGAAUAAUUAAAACAGAGAUUUUUUUAAGUUUUUAAUAGGAACAUUUUAAAAAUGUUCAUAAAAUGUUAAUACACAAGAGCCCAGCUAACUGGAUCUUUCAUGUGUAAGGGGUUUCGUGGUGAUCGCUUUUUAGCUUUAAGCCUAUCAAUGACCAUUAAAUGGCCAUAUUAAUAAAAAGAUGUAUGUAAAUAUUUGAAAGAGCGUCCAUAACCUUACGCAAAUAUAAAAAUAUAUACGGAUUUCCGUCAUAAAACGUUUUAAAGCUCCAGUUUAUUAACCAUAUAAAGUUGGGGUUUUUCAUUCAUUAAAUUCAUUCAUUGUUUGUGAACAUACAUUAUUUCCUAUUUGGUAUAAAUUUUUUUUUUUUAACUUUUAUUAAGUUAAAUUACUGCAAGGGUAUAUAAGCUCCCUCAUAAAUGCACCAUAAAAGACCAGUUGAAAUCUAAUGAGAUAGUUUUAUAAACAAAAUAUAAGGUCUAAAAUAGU